CGGCUUCUUCACCCAGACUGCACCCUGGUCCGGGUCCCAACCCAGGCCCUGGCCGGGAGGAGAUUCUGCGGACAUACAGGGAGCACCGUAGCUGCUGAGCCUCAGUCCUCCUCUAGGCACUGUCCCCAUCCUUGUCCCGCAUCUCCCUCUCCACCUCUUCUUCUGGUAGUUUCAGCCGCUGCCUUUCUCCCAUCCACCACCUUGGCCAUGCUGCACGCCGAGGGGCACGCUCUCCUGCGGGCAGUGGGGCAGGGGAAGCUGCGCUUGACUCGGUUGCUCUUAGAGGGAGGUGCUUACGUGAAUGAGGGCGACGCGCAGGGGGAGACUGCACUGAUGGCUGCCUGUCGGGCCCGCUACGACGACCCCGAGAACCGGGCCCGCAUGGUACGCUACCUACUGGAGCAGGGCGCUGACCCCAACAUAGCCGACCGGCUGGGGCGCACGGCUCUCAUGCACGCCUGCGCCGGCGGUGGAGGAGCUGCAGUAGCCACCCUUCUUCUAGCCCACGGCGCGGACCCGUCGGCCCGCGACCACGCUGGCGCCUCAGCUCUAGUCCACGCGUUGGACCGCGGUGAUCGCGAGACCCUCUCAGCCUUGCUGGAAGCCUGCAAAGCCAAGGGCACAGAAGUCAUCAUCAUUACUACGGACACUUCGCCAUCGGGCACUAAGAAGACCCGGCAGUAUCUCAAUUCUCCUCCCUCGCCGGGGGUCGAAGACCCGCCCACCCCAGUCCCAAGCCCAGGGGUUUGCAUGUCGCCUUCGGAAAUCCAACUGCAGACUGGAGGGGGAGGAAAAGCAGUGCUGUCUCCCCGGGCGCAAGAGGAGGAGGAGAAGCGAGACGUGUUCGAAUUCCCCCUCCCUAAGCCCCCAGACGACCCCGCUUCUUCCGAACCCCUCCCCAAACCGCCCCGCCACCCUCCACCUAAACCACUCAAGAGGCUCAACUCCGAGCCUUGGGGACUAGUCGCCCCUCAACCGCUCCCGCCAGCCGAGGGGCGACCAGCGACUGACCGAUUGAUUGCCGAAUUUAACGGCCUGGCGCUGACUAGUCGACCUCGGCUCUCUCGGCGCCACAGCACCGAGGGGCCUGAGGAAACACCCCCGUGGGCUGAAAAAGUGAUAGGUGGAGGGGCCCUUUCCCGGCGCAACACGGCGCCAGAGGCCCAGGAAUCGGUUCCCCUGCCCGGGCUGAAGCAGAAGCUGAGCCGCAUGGAGCCGGUGGAGGUAGACGGCCCCAGUCACCUAUGCACUGACUCUGUGGACUCUAGUCGCUUGUCUCAUGAGCGCCGCCGGUACAGCGCUUCCCCACUCACCCUCCCUCAGGCCAGCUCAGUUCCUUCACCUGGGCAGUCUCAAGAGAGCCUUCCGGGGGCGGUGUCUCCUCUGAGUGGGCGGAGACGGAGUCCUGGGCUGCUGGAACGGAGGGGCUCUGGGACGUUGCUCCUGGACCACAUCUCCCAUACCCGGCCAGGCUUCCUGCCACCACUCAAUGUCAGUCCCCACCCUCCCAUCCCAGACAUUCGACCUCUGCCAGGGUGUCGGGCUCCAUCCCUCCCUGCUCCCCAUUAUUCCGGGGGCCUUGGGUCUCCCAGAGCCAAGCGGAAAUUAGUGAGACGCCACUCCAUGCAGACAGAGCAGAUCAGACAGCUAGGGGGGUUCCAGAGUCUAGGGGGACCAGGAGAACAAGGGCGUUGAGGGGUUAAGAGGAGCUUGGAAUGGUGUGGACAAGGCUAUGGCAGGGCAGGUGAGGCCACCAGCUCAAAUGCACCAUGCACACACACUAGAGGCCACUUGUAUGUUGCUCCUAGGCACUGCAUAGUGCACUCUUUGCAGAGAUGCACAUGUUCACGGGCACAGAGCACUUUACCUGAAAGGUCACCAGGCUUCUCACAUGUACUGGGUAGUCACGCAUAUAUAGGGGUUGUGUGUGUGGCUGAUGCAACCAUGCACUUGCAUGUGGGAUCAGCAGGAACUCACAGGCACUAUGCACUUGCAUGCACCAUAAGGUCAAAGGUGCUCAUUGGCACAAGGGCCCCCAAACAUAUUUGCACUUGUUCACUGGCAGUGACGUUACCUGCUAAUGACUAGUGCCUAACCUAACACCCCUCCCCCCAAAAGAAAACCCUCCACGAUCCUUUACCUUCUUGUGCUUGCAAUUAUUUAUUUCUAUUUAUUAAGUACAGUGGCACAUGCCCUAUAAUGCAUUAUUUACACACCCAAUCCCAGUGGAAAUGUCUUGACUCUUUUGGGAUCCCCUUUAACCUACUUACUAGGUUCUCUGGGUUCUCUGAUCCUCUGCUCUCCCUUCCCGACUUCCACACCCCACACAACUCGGGAAAAUGUUGCUUUCUCACCCCUGAGUUCUCCGUCUGGGAGGGAACCUCUUGAGGCACCCAGCUCUGCCACUCCCCUCAUUGUUCCCUCAACUCUUCCCUCUUUGCCUCCAAUAGACCAGAUACUCCCUUACCCCAAAUCAAUUCAUUAUAUCAGGUUGUCUUGUCUUCCCAGGAGGAGUGGGGCAUGCAGUCCAGACUGCUCUUUCAUGUGAGCUUCUGUCCUCUCUAAGGCAGAGGAGGGCAGUGAUCUGAAUCCCCCUCUGGACAUAUCAAAAUAAAGGUGUUCAGAAGUUUCAACCACGUCUUUCCACUCACUUGGGAGGAGGGAAAGGGCUGGGCAAUACUGAAUCUAAUCUUGAUCAUAACUUAAAGAUCAUAACAUAAAGAUUAGUGAAAGCCCUGCAAUGGUGGUAGAGGAAACGCUAACAACUUUCAUUUCCUCAUCUUGAAAUUUCAGUUCUUUCCUCUUAUUUUCCUUUGGAUCCCUAGGAUCUAGCUAUCUCAGAUUCACCUAAAGAUAAGGAUAGAACAUAUGGAUUUAGUGCUCAGAGGUAAACAAAGUGCUUUUUACAUCAAAACAACGCAAUGAGAAACGUAGGGCAACUGUUAUACCCAUUUUAUAGAUGAGGAAACUGAGUUGGAGAGACUGAAGAACUGGCCUAUGAUUCCAUCAGUAAAUAAACAGGAAUGAAUUCGUCCAAGAUCUAGUUGCCUCCCGGGCUCUUUCUACUUCACCACUUUGUUUAACACGCUUAAUGAUCCACUGAUCUGAGGAUAUCAAACCACUUUCACGGACACCGCCCCUCCCCACCCAGCAAGGGUCCUCAGCCUCUCCGCCUGGACUUCACUUCCUACACAAACCCAGG